AUGUCGCUAUGUUCAGUCAAGUCAGGUCUCGAAAUAAAUAAAUUGGUCAUGGCUGAAACCGAGGGACAUAAACAUCGGGAUAUAAAUUUCCAUGAGGGAGAAGUAACAGAGAAGCCGGCGCCGGCGCCGCGCGCGGGCCCCCACGGCGUGCAGAUCGUCAACACGGGCCCCGACCACUCCUUCCUGCUGGAUGAAGAUGCUCUCGAGGAGUUGCUGCUGCAGGAAGAUGUCAAGGACAGGUCCGCCGUCGUCAUAUCCGUGGCCGGCGCCUUCAGGAAGGGCAAGUCGUUUCUGCUCGACUUCUUCCUGCGAUACAUGCAAAACAAGUAUGGCGCGGGCGGCGGCGGCGGCGAGUGGCUGGGCAGCGAGGAGGACCCGCUGGUGGGCUUCAGCUGGCGCGGCGGCUCCGAGCGCGACACCACCGGCAUCCUCAUGUGGUCGGAGAUCUUCAAGGCCACGCUCGAGGACGGGGAGAAGGUAGCAAUAAUCCUGCUGGACACGCAAGGCGCGUUCGACAGCGAGUCCACGGUGCGCGACUGCGCCACCGUGUUCGCGCUGUCCACCAUGCUGUCGUCCGUGCAGAUCUACAACCUGUCGCAGAACAUCCAGGAGGAUGACCUGCAACAUCUACAGUUAUUUACAGAGUACGGGCGUUUGGCGCUUGAGGAUGGCGGUCGAACGCCUUUCCAGAGGCUACAGUUUGUUGUACGAGACUGGAGCUUCCCCUACGAGGCGCCCUAUGGCGUGCAAGGCGGACAGACCAUCUUACAGAGGAGACUAAAAGUAUCAGAUAAACAACAUCCAGAGCUACAGUCGCUUCGCAAACACAUCACAUCAUGCUUCGCAGAGAUAGCAUGCUUCCUCAUGCCACACCCUGGGUUGAAGGUCGCCACUAGCCCUGACUUCGACGGACGACUUCAAGAUAUAGAGCCGGAGUUUAAGCGCUCUCUGCAACAGUUGGUGCCGAUGCUCCUGGCGCCCGGCAACCUCGUGCCGAAGCAGAUCAACGGACAGCGAGUGCGCGCCAAGGAACUGCUGCACUACUUCAAGAGUUACAUGAACAUUUACCGCGGGAACGAACUGCCGGAACCGAAAAGUAUGUUGGUGGCAACAGCCGAGGCCAACAACCUGACGGCGGUGGCGGAGGCGCGCGAGGUGUACACGUCGCUGAUGGAGGAGAUCUGUGGGGGGGCGCGGCCCUACCUGCAGGCGCAGCUGCUGGAGGCGGAGCACGCGCGCGUGCGCGACAAGGCGCUGCACGCCUUCCACGCCAAGCGCAAGAUGGGCGGCGACGAGUUCAGUCGCGCCUACUGCGAGCAGCUCGUGCAGGACCUGGAGGAGCAGUUCCAGCAGUUCCGCGCGCACAACGAGAGCAAGAACAUAUUCAAGGCGGCGCGCACGCCGUCCGUGCUGUUCGCCGUGGCGCUCGUGUUCUACGUGCUGAGCGGCAUCCUCGGGCUCGUGGGGCUGUACCCGCUCGCCAACCUCUGCAACCUCACCAUGGGCGUGGCGCUGCUCACGCUGGCGCUGUGGGCGUACAUCAGAUACAGCGGCGAGAUGAGAGAGCUGGGCGUCACUAUAGACGAGUCGGCGAGCUGGCUGUGGGAUAAUGUAAUGAAGCCGGUGUACCAGGCCGGCAUAGAGAAGGGCAUGGAGCACGCGGCGGCGGCGGCGGCGGAGCGCGCGCUGGGCCCGCCCACGCCCAACGCCAACGGCAAGCACAAGCACUUGUGAUGCUGCCCCCGCCCCGGGACGAGUCUGUGCCGCUCGACCGCAUCAGCGUGCCAGAGUAGCGACUUUAGCACAAGUACGUGCCCCGUGUGCCAUAGUGGCACUGUUGAAAUCCGCCACUGUGGCACGACUCCAUGCCACAGAAGCACAAAUCUGUACAGCGUGCCGUGCCACCAUGGUAAACCCUCAUGGCGUCGUGGCACACCUCCGUGCCGCGUCGCCCUAUCCGAGUGGCAUAGUCACACUGAUAUGACAUUCAACCGUAGUUUAAAGCAUCAUUAUUUAUAUGUGUGUCGAUGCCCUGUGUUCUCACAAACCAGCAAUUCUCCCUGUCACAGUGGCGUGAUGUGUUGCAUAUUCUGUGCAUGCAUGUGUGCACACAGCGGUACAUUGAAGAUCAACUUUGACAUGAUUGUGUAUCGGUGUAGCACUGCUUCGUCUCCCAGUGGCACGUACCAGUGCUGCUGUGUGGGCCACUCUAGCACAAUGUGCCACGGCACGCUCCCAUUCAAGUGUUGUGAAGUGAAGUGUUUGUGUGACUUAACAACUGUCAGCAAAGUGUGUCAUAGAAUCUUAAAGAAAUUGUGUUGUUCACCCUUGCCAGUUGUCAAAAACAUUUUUUGUAGAAAAAUAAAUAGAAGGAAUAUUUUAAGUUUUAGUUAUCCAAAUUUAAAUAUAGAAACACAGUUACGGUCAGCUUAUAUCAAAAAGUGCCACAGACUAGAGAAUAUGUUUUUUAAACUGUCAUCACUUAUUUACAUAGAACCAAAUAGUUUUCAUAGACAAUUACAAAUGUUGCCCCGUUUAUUAAUUAUUAUUAUUUUUGUUUACGUGUCUCGCACUUGCAUAAGUUAUAUAAAUGGCAGCCACAUAUUAUUAAGCAAUAAUAUUAAAACUAGUCAAGAUAAUUGCUACUUUAAACAUUAAAAAACUUCUAUAAGAAUACUUUGUGAUAAUAUUUAAAAUAAUACACAAUGAAAAAAAUAUUACAUUUUUAAUAUUAGAAUUCGAAAUACAAUGGAGAAAAUAUAAAGAAGACUGCACAGAUCAUGAUAUUAUUAUUUCAAAAUAAUGAAUUUAUAUCAUAUCAUUUUAGAAAGAACAGAAAAAGUUUAUACUUAAGAAACACAGAGCAGAAAAAAACAUUACAAUUAAAAUAAAUCACACUACAAUAAUGUUAAACAUUAUUUUUUCUUAUUUCUGACACAGAAACAAAUCCAAAAAUUGAAUAUUAUUUGUCAUUUAUUAAUGUUCAUGGUUAGCCUGAUGCUCGUUCAUCAUUUGCAGAUAAAAAAUAAUAUUGACUAUUAUGUUGUAAAUACUUCAUUGUUACAAUGAGGCUAUUCCAACUAUUUUGGCUUACUAAUAUCACUUAAGACUAAAAAAGGUAUCUCGAAUUUAGUUUUAUUCUUUUUUUCUUUUAAUUGUCCUAAUACAGACAAUGUUUAAAAUUUGGGGAUACCCUAAAAGAACAUUCAAAAAAUUGUUUUUUUUUUUUGUAAAUUAUAGCCAUUGUAGGAACAAUAAUGUAGUGAAAAGUAAAAUCUUAGCAAUAAUUGAACUCUUGCUGGUCACCUGUAUUAUAACUCAAAAACUGCUCAUUUAAACAUAAAUUGUACAUUUUAUUCAGUUUUUAUUAAUAAUUUCUAUGAAGAAAUAGCUCAAACAUGGCAAUAAUUGUAAUAAAGAUGUAUUCAGUAAUGUGGCUGUAAAAUAAUUAAGUAUUUGGUGAUACAUGUCUUGCAUAACACGAUUAGAAUUUAAACCACAAAUUUCUUCAAAGUAAAGUGAACUUUAAUCAGUAGUAAUUAGGUCCACUUUACAUUGAAGAAAGUUAAGGUUUAAAUCUUAAUGAAUGAUUAUAAAUAUAGGGUAUAAGUCAUGACCCAUAUACCAAUAAAAAGAGUAAAGUAAAGAAUCAAGGUUUCAAAAUAUUAUGUGACUGCUGAAAAAUGUUUUUUUUUAAUAUCUGUUUAAUUUUAUUGUUAAAAUCAUCAAGUUGUGGCAAAAACACACAUAUCAACUAAGUUAACAACAUUUUAAAAUUGUAUGUGUAUGUAAUGACGUCGGGCGGUGUAAAUAUUUCUUUAAAUACAUAUCAAAAUUACUGAAGCAAAUAUUUUAACAUAUUUGUAGCUGCUUUUCUAUGGCUAAGCGAAUUUAUUAAAGCAUACAAAAGUUUAUAUAAAUAUAAACUAACUAAAUACGACGCGAAGCGAUAAAAUAUGUAAACAAAGUAGCUUGAGAUCAAUUUCGCAGAGGUUCGCAACCUUUUUAAAAAUUAUAAUAAUUCUUAUAUGCCUUACUUUUGUUAAGAUUUUCAAUGUCUGUCUUUAAAUUUAAAUUAUUUAUUAUACUUAAAAUAUUAAUUGAGUGAAAUUUACGAGGCAGUUAGCAAAUUUAGAGUUAAAAAGACAUAAUAAUGUUUUUGGUGAAUGACCUUUGAUCAGGUCACGUUGGCCACAUAUGCAUUGCAUAUCAAAUGCUGUAAAUUCAAUUUUGAUAUGUAUUUAAAAAAAUAUUUAGUCUUCCAAGUGUAUAUAACACUAUAACAAAAUUAAAAAAAAAUUAGGUGGUGUAUUGUGUCAGUGGUGAAUGGACUAUAAAAGAACUCUCAAUGUCUGAUGCUUGACUACUGAAACAUCACUAAGUAUUUGAGGCUACUGUAAUUUUUUAGUGUUUUGGUAUUUUUAUACAGUUAAGUGACCUGCAGGGCAAUUAUGUGUUUCAGUAUUAAAAACAUGAAUCACUUCAUCAAUUGGCAGUGAUAUUUCGUUUUAACGAUUAUCUAAUGUGGUUAUUUCAAUGAAAUUAUGAUAUUACCGACAUUUUACUACAAGGGGCAUUAGUAUAGUAAUGUAGUAGCAAGUGAUAACGUUAUUUCAACGAAAUAUAGUUAAUAAAUGUCAUUUAGUUGAUAUAACCACGUUGGGUGAUUGAAAAGGAAAAAUCAAUAUCACUAGAUGUAAAAUGAUGUAUACUCGAAAUUUACUUAGAUGACUUUUUUACACAACAAUAAUGGCCGACUAUGAAUCAAAGACAAUCAGUAGGGUUGAGAAGUUAACGGCGGGCAUCGGAACGAUAUCAAGUAGGUAUCGUUAUAACUGAAAUACCUAAACUAAAACAUCCGUUACUAUACUACGUUAUCUUAAAAGGGAACGUAUAGUAACGUUUGUCGGUUGUGUGCAUUUUAAGAAAUUAAAUAUCACGUGUCACAAACGGUGAACGGUGCACGGUUUAUGCCUAUGGGUACGCGUGGUUAAGAAAUGGGGUAAUCUUUUUUUAUUAUUAUUAUAAAUAUACUUAGACAAUACAACAAUGCGAUAACAACGCUCCGCAAUCUACUGCGUACGUACGAGUAGGUACGUACGCAUCGACAGCAAAUCGGCUGGCUACACUUACCUAUCUAAUACCUAUUUUUUAUACUUUACAAGUUUUUAACUAGGUACAGGUAAUUAACUUACUUCAGGUUGUUUCUCGUUUACGAGACGUUCUGUCGUCAUAGUAGGUACAAUAUUCAUGAGUACUGAAUUGAUUUGAUCUAAGCAUUUCAAGACUUCUCAGUCAACACACACAAACACACAUAAUACAAACGACACAAUUGUAUGAGUAUUCGUUACAGAAAAUCACUACUAACAUAACAUAGAACAUACACAAAGGUUUUUGAAUUUUGGUUUGUUUGUCAACAGACCGCCGAACACGAACUAAAGAAAAAAUAGCGUAGCGUCUAGCGAAAGGACCUAAAGUUUCAAUAUUUUGAAAAUACCUAUUAACCACGCCACGCGGCUUAGGUUAGAGAGAGAUAGCAAUUAUUUUCCUCGGCACCGGCGGCGGUCGGCAAUACAACGUCGCGCAGUUUGUUUGUGACUUUGUAUAGAUAGAUACCUAUUAUAAGUCGUGACCUGCCUAUUUGACCUCUUGGAAAACAGCUGAUCGCGCGCAUUUUGCAAAUUAAAUUUACAUUGCUAGUUUUUGUUAAAAUCUUGAUUUGACGAUUUUUAUUAAAAAUCGUAUUGAGAUAAUGUUAUCCAUACCAGUGUUUGAAUAAUGCUACUAUUCGUAAGAUAUCUUUUACGCUAUAGAAUAACGUGAGCAUAUGUAUUGUAUAACAUUUUUAUUAAAAAACUAUUUUUUAAAAUAAAAUGAUUAUAAAAUAUUUCAUUUUCCCAUCUUUAAACUAACAACAUAUCAAUUAUUAAAGAAUCAUUCAUUAUCAUUUAUCGAUAAGUUAACGCUCGAUGUUAUUUACCCAUCCUUACUUUUCAUAGACAAUCUAGCGUUACGAAAUGUCAAAUUGCCGUAAUCGUAGUUAAGCUGUGCAAAUUAAUCUCGUUGUGAUUUUGUUUUUCAGAAAAUAAAUGUGAAUAAAUCGUAAAUUCGGUGUAGUUUUUGGUGUAAUUCGUACUGUACGCGUAUAAUAAAGGAUUUAGACACUUUGUUCUUUAGAAAUUACGUAUAACGUAAGUGAAAUAUGUGAUUUUAGUGACAAAACGGGUUUGUUUUGGUGAUUAGACUUCUAAGAAGAUUUUUGGUAUACAUGCAUUGUUACUCUGCGGGUAGAGACAGAAAAAAUACAACUGACACCUUGAUCUAAGACCCGGCAUUACAAAUAUAUACUCUCAUUUGUUAUUCAUUAAUUCUAUGAAAUAAAUGAUAGAUAAUAUUCACAGUAGUAACACAAAGCAAAUAGGUUGUCUCGUUAAAUUGUAGCCAAACACAUUUUUCAUACAUAAUUUAGUAAACCAUGAACUGGUUCAAAGGCAACUUAAUACAGUUAAAUUAAACUUAAAAUGAGCUUUCAUUUAACAUAUUAUAUGACUAAAUAACUGAUGAGGGUAUUUGUAUAAUAUUAAUUAACUGUUUAUAUCUGACAUUAUAUCCCACAGUUGCAAUGUGAGAGCUGACAACCUUUACGUUUUCAAUUCUGUUGGGUAUAUUCUUAUAACUAGUGCACGAUUUUUAUUAAUUAAGCAAAAAGGGAAGUAGAUUAUAGAAAUAUAUUAAAUAAAAAAUAUAUUAUUAAUUAAUACUCACAAUUACAAUUUAACUAGGCAACCUAUGUGCAAUGUGUCAAUGUGAAUAUUUUCUACCAUUUAUUUCUUAUCCCAAAUAAAUAACAGAUGCGUAUAUAUAUUACUUAUGCUGGAUCUUGUACUACCAAUGAAAAUGGACAGUAAGCCCCAAUUCGUACGAGCGUUUUUUUUUUAUGGUAGUUAAAAAAGCGUUAAAAAAAGUUUAAGUUUAAGUUUAGUAUUAACUUAAAUGAAGGUCUAUUUCCAACGCCCGAAAUUGAAAAUGCAACUCUGUUCGAAAAAAAGCGUCGCGUUUUUAAAACGCGGCGUAUGAACAUAUACUAGGGAAUGCUGAAUCUAUUUGAAUGCUUUUUAACGACCGUUAAAAAAGCGCUCGUGCGAAUGGGGGCUGACGUGAGGUAAGCAAUUUGUAAGUGACUGCAAAUAUUUAGAGGAGUUUCAGUGGUCGAGUGUUUGUCUCGUAAACAAAUGACGAAUAGUUUUUAAUCAUUUUAACGUAGAUUAUAGUGGUUGGUUUUCAGAAAUUUUAUGGUUAAUGGAAUGUUGAUGGAAAUGUUGGUGGAGGAAUGUUUUCAAUGUUGAGGUCACAAAUUAUAAUGUAGCGGGACAUUGAGUGACGUCAUAUUUUUUGUUUUUAUUAAUUUAUUCAAAUCAUAUAAUCGGUAUAUCGUUUAAUUGAUUUUUUUAUAUAAUAAAUAGUGAGAAACGGUGAAGCCAAAUAUACUAAUUUAUCAAGAGUCGAUAAUUGUUUAAAUAACUGUAAAAUAUUUUUAAAAAGUUGGGUAUGGGUAUACAAAUAUACCUUUGCUUUUGUCUAUACAAUACAGUCCUUUGAAAUACAAUGUGCUACAGCAUGUUAUGUGUGUAUGUUUUUUUAACUAAUUAACAGCUCUGGGUUUCAGUCCUUUCAAGCCUGUAGUCACUAUUGUUUAUUGUUCCUCAUUUUAUGUCACAAACUAAAAGCCAUGUACAAUAUAUAAAUCUGUUAAUUAAUUCUUCAAGUCUUAAUAGAACCUUGAACUACCAAAAAUACUAUAUGCCACAGUCAGGAGUUCAGUCUUUAAAUUAUUAUUAGUAUUCCAUGUAACUAAUAUAAUAUUUCCAGAAAAAUAUAUGUUUUUUUUUAAAUGUCACUCAAUGUUCUGCAGUUGAUUCUUGUGGCCAAAUAAAUUCUUGUACAGUUAUAGACAAAUUCUAUUUUUAAUUGUAGGAUAUUAUCAUAGGUUAUAUUGAAUAUUGCUUGAUUAAUCUAACCGGAGCUUGCAUGGAACUCAUGACAAGAAAUGCUGGAUUAAAUCGCAGCUGGCUGUUAUAUUGUAAGCACUUGUUACGCUAUAAAAUGUUCCCCAUACAUGUACGUGUGGAGGAAUAUAAUGACUAUACUAAUAGCAUUAACAACUGAGUCUUAGGGCCAUAAAUCAUUUCUCUAUAUCUAUCUCGCUUGCACUUAUGGGUCUUAUGGAGCCGUCUAGUGAAGGGUGUAACAAUGAAAGACAUAUUAUCGAUAAGUAAAGUUUAUUAUCGUAUCUUGUUCACAAAAUUAAAAAAAUUAACAAUAUUUGAUUUAAUAUAAUACAUAUUUCAUAUUAUAUAAUUAUUAACUAAAUAAAAUUAAUCUUCAUCUGAGUCUUCAUCAUCAGAAUCUUCGUCUUCUGCCAAAUUUAUUAUAUAUUAGUAUCCAUAGUGCGCAACGAGUAACACAUGAAUGUAUUUAUUUAAUUGCAGUAAACACAUUUAUAGCAAAAAAAAUACGCAAUGCAAUUACAUUAGAAACCGACCAAUCAGAAUCGUCCAAAUCAUUAUUGACUCAUCAUUAGCACGUGCGCAGGUAGCCGUUUAUCGAUAAUUAGGGUGCGCAGGUAGGCGCGCUGCACAUUCCUAUCUUUUUUGACUUUUAUGACCGGACGACUCAGAUGAUAAUGCGCAUACUAUAACAUCUAUGAUUUUAACAUCAAAAAUCAUAUCUUGACGAAUUAACUAAGUAAUAUCGAAUGUAGUGGAGUCGACGUUUUAACUCGCUUUUAAGCAUUGUUCACAUUGAGCGUUUUAUCUGCCAUAAAUGCUUCGCUGCAGGCAAACCACAUUUCCACGAUCGUGUGGUAAAGGGGUGCGGAGUAUGAUAACAGAAGCGAGGGAGCGAAUUUCGGAUAUGCCUAAGCAAUGGAUGAAGAAAGCGCUUACCGUCCACUUCUCUCUCAAUUCCAUCUACCGCCAUAACCCUUAAUCCUGUACCGCGUGAGACAUGUGUAAUUUGCCAACAGAAAAGCAUUUAAGAUACUCUAUGGAGUAUUUACAUUUUGUUAUCAAAAAGUGACUGGUCUUGAAAAACAACACGUGACAGUAAAUAUUUGCUUGUGCGCGCUUGAUGAGCCUUUCACUGCCUACAGGUGAAUAAAAUUAUUAGAUAAUAUUCAUGUGUGAUAUUGUACUUUAUUAAUAAGUAGCGAAGGUUUAUAUUUAAGUGCCUUUACAUGAGAUUCUUAUGUACUUCUGCUAUUAAGGUUUAACAGAUGAUACGUUUAGUGUGAGCAAUGCCUUAUCUUGAUCGACUAUAAAUUUUAACUUGUUUUAUAUACUUUUAGAUUAAUAAAGCAAUAAAUUGUAUAUGUUAAAACACUUAGAUUAAAUCUUGGUGAGAUGAAAAACAUACAAAUCAUGUCAAUAUCGAUGGUUGAACAUAAGAAUAACUAAGUGUAGAUUGAGAUCAUAUUUUCAUGUACACGCUGUACCUACCUCCCCCCUUAGACGUCUACGCACCGCUAUUACCCUACAGCUAUAUAUAAUAUCAAGACUAAAGUCAAAAUUCAUUUAUAUCAAGUAGACAUAGUUUAUAAGUUUUGUUUUAAAAAAGCGUGUAAACUAAGUCCACUUGAAAUGUUACUCAAAUCAACUCAGGUUAUAUAGUGUUUUAAUUUUUAUGGUGUUCACUAAAAUGAAAAACUUAAAUUUACAAGAAAAAAAAGUUACAACAAAACGUAGUCAGUGUAACCGACUAUCUAAGAUAAUGUCUGUAACUAUCAACUGCUUAUCAUGUUAAGUUAGAUACCUUCUAGUGUGCUGGUAUAUAAAAAGAAAUGUGUGUCCCACACUACGUUGUUAUCGAUGGCACUGGUCUUUAUGUAAUGUAGCACACUAUUUCCAUUGUCGCGUUAUGAAGAUUUCCAUGGAUACCUUUAUAUUAUUAAAAAAUGGUACAUUUAUUAUUGUAUGUGUUUAAAACACAUUAAGAGGAGACAAAUUGAGUUCUUUCUUUUUAUCGUAUUUGUAAGUCGUUUCUUUUCUAUUCUCAGUUAAUUAGUUAUUCUUAUGUAUAAAAAAAUUACUGUAUAAUACGAUUAUUAUUUUAUAAAUCUGCACAAAACUUUGUAUACUAAUCUGAAAAAAGUCAAAUCACUUGUUAAGUUGCACUAUAACUGUUGGGCGUACUUAAUACAGUAAUAGCUUAAGAGCCAGUGAAUUAUUUGUCUGAAUAAUAUAUGGCAGUAUUUUUUUACAUAACAAAUGUGUAACACAAAUCAGUAUUAUUUUGUGUUCUUGUAAUUUCCUAACGAGUCAUUAUUUUCUUAUAUCAUGUAACUUUUAUGUCUAAAUCUAAUUAAUCGUUCUACCGUCAGCUUCGACCAGACAUUUUAUCAAAUAUUUUUGAGAGAAUUUCUCUUAUAAAUAUAACAACGUUUUUGCUUAAUCUAUUAUAAUCUUGGUUUUCGCUAUUUUGUCUACUAUAGAAAUAAUGCAAGCAUGCCAUUGUAAAGGCAUUUUGAAAACGCAUCGAAAACCAAGAAAACGUAUUGUAACCAAAAUACUUGUAACAAAAUUCUUCCGUAAUUGCUAAAGCUUCUCCCAACAAUACUUGAUCAAUUGUUUGAUUAAUAAAGCUUUUUGGUAAACAAAUAAAAAUGAAUUUAUAUUCGCUUGUGAUGAAUACCAGUUUCCAGUGUCGAAACUAUCAAGUCAACAUAAUAUACAUAGUUAUCUAGACAAUAACGUCUUAAUCGCAGUAAUAAAAAGAAACAUCUUUCUAGAUAUCGACGAAACGAUUCGACCCACAAAAUACUACGAUAGUAUUUUUUUCCUUAAAACACUAUUUUCACGACUGUGAUUAAUUAUUCAAAAGAUUGUAACUGACGAAAUCAACAAACAAACAAAUCAUCCACUGGCUCAUAACCUACAAUCGCUACUGUGUAUAAAAAAAUAUUUUCGUAUACCUAGUAGCAUACUCUUUCGUUUCCAAAAUCUACAUCAAAUUGUGUAUAUAACUCCCGUUUAAAAUAAAUUAACUAUUGUAUUUUCUUUUAGUAUACCUUAUUAUUAUUACGAAGGUUUUCCUGAAUGUGCCAAUUGAAAAUUGUUCUUUUUUUUUUCAAAAAAAAAUAAUAUCACGAUGGGAACAAAACAUUUUGAAUUAUAUUUGUUGUAAAGUUCAGAGUUUAAUUUCGUUGUUUGUUUAACCUAAUCAUGAUAAUAAACGUCCUGUUUGUAUUGGACUUUUUAACUGCAAUCAACAAUUAAUAUAUUUUUUAUUUGCGAAUUUAUUUUUGUAGCUGUGUCCAUCUGGUAUAAUUUAUUGAUUAAAGAUUUACUUUCCUUCAUUAAUCAGAGGAAAUUGAUAGAUCCUGUUAAUUUAAAAAAAAUCAGAUGUUCAUGUAAUGUAUUAUUAAUAUUGCCUAAAUUAAAAUGUGAAAAGUAUUGCAGCAGUUAAUAGAUACUUAGAAUACAUUUUUUUUUGUUAGGGAAUACUAUAAAGAUGAUUUUUUUUAAUUUUUUUUUGUUUCGUUAGAAACGUUGAUAGCAAUUAAAACGCCCCAUGUAAACAUGGCUUAAGUUAAUCUGACUGUUUCUUUAUCUACUUACCUUUAAACUUUCGUUUUCAAUUUCAAUACAGGAAUUACGUUUUAUUAUAUUAUGUAUUUAAAUAAUUUAAGUCAGUUUUAGAUUUAUGAUCGGAAUAAUUAAAAAAAAUAUAUUAUGACUUUUUAUAAAUGCAUGUGUAUCUGAACAACAUUGAAUUGCGAAAUGAGAAAAAAACAGAUUACUAAAAGUUAA